UCCAGUGCAGGGCUCCAGGUCCCACCGGUCUGCAGUUGCAGAAGUUCGCAAUCUCCUUGACCAAUUGCAAACGCUACGGAGAUAACGCCCGAAAGCUAAAGCCCGUGCCUGGAUUGGAAGCAGCAACAGCAAAAAUGGCAGCGCCACCUCUCGGCCUCGCCCACCGGUUCGCCGGCGUCUUCACCUCCCCGGUCGUGGCGCGUUCCGACUCCCGCCCCCGAGGUCUCCGUCCUGUUCUCCUACCUUCAAAGAGAUGGAGCGGGGUGGUGAGGAUGGGGGCGGUGGUCGGAGGGGGUCAGGAGGGGGAAGAGGACGAGGAGCUGAGGCAGACCAAGGAGCAGGCCGCCGCCGGGAGGCGGUGGGAGACCCUGAUCAGGGAGCAGAAAAUUAAAACCCUUACACCUAGGGAAGCUGGUUAUACGUUCAAACUGACGGACAAGGCCCUUUUGGAUGUCAGGCCCUCAAAUGAGCGUCAAAAGGCCUGGGUGAAAGGCUCUACCUGGAUUCCUAUAUUUGACGUGGACACAUCGGUUGAUCUGGGCGGACUUAGCAAGAAAGUUAGCAACUUCGUAAUGGGUGGCUGGUGGAGUGGCAGCUCAACAUUGUCAUUCAAUAAGAACUUUGUACAGCAGGUUGAGGAGAAGUUUUCAAAAGACACAGAUAUAAUACUAGUGUGCCAGAAAGGACUUAGAUCACUCGCCGCUUGUGAACAGCUGUACAAUGCUGGUUUUGAAAAUUUGUUUUGGGUUCAAGGAGGCCUGGAAGCUGCUGAAGAGGAGGAUUUUGAGAGGGAAGGUUCCCAGCCUUUCAAGCUUGCUGCUAUUGGAGGGGUCUCUGAAUUCUUUGGGUGGACCGACCAGCAACGCAGACAGGCUGCAAAGGAAGGGCUGGGAUACCGCCUGGUCUUCACUGGCCGCCUGGUCGGAGCACUGGUGCUGCUUGAUACUUUGUUCUUAGGUGCUCAAAGGAUCGGCCCUCUGCUUCAAGAACUGCAGUCCCGUUGAUCUCCUCAGGAUGUUCUUGUUGUUAGCAUUCGAGGCUGUAGCAUUCGGAGACGCCAAGCAUGCUGUACCUGGACGUCUGAAUUCGCAACAGGGUCUUCACUCUUCAGAGGCAAAGCCUGCGGAUCAUACGGGUUUUACUCUGGUGCCAUAGUUGCAGAUAGUGUUGUAGCAGAAAUGUAUUUUUUUUUGUGCGUGUGUAUGUGGAAAGAGGAGCGCUUGACACUAGCACGGCAAAAGAACAAUUUUUUUCUUUUUGGAGAGAGGAUUGAUGCGGAAUAUUCCUUUGCGAUGA